AUGAGGAGCUAUCUACUGGGUCAGCCUCAGCAGACUGUCCAAGAGAUCCUUGAUGCAGAACUUUGUCCAUCCUUCCUUGUUCCAAGUAAAUCAGCUCUGGGGAGGUGUUUGCCCAGUCUACAUGCUCUCAAAAGUGCUCCUUCCAACUUCACUCUGCCCGGAAUGGCCUCCGUCAACGAGACAGUCAACAGCAUCAGAAGCGCCAUGGGUUCACUGAUAUCAGGCUUCAACAGAAAGGCCAUAGGAGUAAGGAUCUUUGAGGACUUUGCCUCCUCCUGGUACUGGAUCUUACUUGGUCUGACGCUGGCUCUGCUAGUCAGUGUGGUGUUCAUGUUGCUGCUGAGGUACCUGGCCAUUGUCCUGGUCUGGAUUCUCAUGGUGGGACUUCUGGUGGUGGGAGGCUACGGAAUAUGGCACUGCUACACAGAAUACUACCAUUUCAGCACUUCUAAACUGAAGUUCGGCGAUCUAAGCUUCAAUACAAAUAUCUCAGUCUACCUUCAAGUCAAAGAGACCUGGCUUGCUUUCUUGAUCAUCCUGUGCGUGUGGGAGUCCAUUUUGAUUCUGGUGCUUAGUUGUCUCAGGAGGAGACUCUCUGUUGCUGUUGCUCUCAUGGAGGAGUCCAGCAGGGUGGUGGGUUACCUGAUGUCCACCCUGCUCUACCCUCUGUUUACCUUCGUUCUGCUGGUGGUGUGUGUGGCCUACUGGGGAAUGACCUCCCUAUACUUGGUCACAUCAGGGGCCCCUCUCUACAGAGUGGUGUCUCUUAGCGACCCCUCUGUAGAUAAGUGUAGUCUCAUCAACGGCUCUGAGACCUGCAAGCCACAGACGUUCAACUCCUCGGCCUACCCAUACUGCCCGUCGGUGCGCUGCAUCUUCUUCAAGUACGAUGACACAGGCCUGUUCCAGCAGAACCUGGUUUACCUGCAAGUCUUCAACGUCUUUGCCUUCCUGUGGUGUGUGAACUUUGUCAUCGCCCUGGGCCAAUGUACCCUGGCUGGGACCUUCGCUUCAUACUACUGGGCCUUCAGCAAGCCUGCAGAAAUCUCACCCUUCGCACUGUCCCAGUGCUUCAUACGCACUCUACAGUACCACGUGGGCUCUCUGGCAUUUGGAGCCCUCCUCCUCACCUGCUUCCAGCUAGUCAGGUUGGUGCUGGAGUACCUGAACCGUAAGACCAGGGGUUCUCAGAAUGCCUGUGGUCGGUUCCUGUUAAACUGUCUCAGAUGCUGCUUCUGGUGUCUGGAGUACUUCCUGAAGAUCCUCAACAGGAACGCUUAUAUCAUGAUCGCCAUCUACGGGGAGAGCUUCUGUGUGUCAGCCAAAAAUGCAUACUGUCUGUUGAUGAGGCACAUCGGACGGGUGGUGCUACUGGACAGAGUGACAGACAUGCUCAUAUUCUUUGGCAAACUACUAGUGGUGGCAUUAGUUGGUGUGUUGGCUUUCUUCUUCUUCUCUGGACAAAUCCGCCUGCCUGGCGACACCUUCCAGGCCGAGAUGCUCAACUAUUACUGGGUUCCCAUCCUGACCGUGAUGGCGGGAGCCUACCUCAUCGCUCAGGGCUUCUUCAGUGUCUACAGCAUGUGUAUUGACACCCUGUUUCUCUGCUUCUUGGAAGAUCUAGAGAGGAAUGAUGGAACUAUGCAGAAGCCUUAUUACAUGUCCAGGAACCUGAUGAGGAUCCUCCGCAAACCCAAACCGUUUGUUACAGCCCUGCCAGAGUAGUAGUAACCUUUAACCCCUGAGUUAACCCCUAACCUUUAGC